UCGCAUGUAAACAUUUGAUUUCACAACAAAAUGUUAGGCUGCUGUAAAUUGAAUUUAUAUUACAAUAAAUAUUAAAAGUACUUAGUAAAAUGUCAGCGGCUAAUGGAGUUUUUUCAAUUCGUCUUGUUGUUGCUGAUUUUUAUUUAGACAAACCCACAUAUGGUUUGGAUCCAUGUUAUUCGGAAUUUCGGGGCAAACAAAUAAAGCGAGUACCAAUUAUACGCAUUUUUGGUGCAAAUGCUAAUGGGCAGAAAUCAUGCAUGCAUAUUCAUGGAGUAUUUCCUUAUUUUUAUAUACCUUAUGAUCCAAAAGAUUUUGAUAGUCCAAAUAAAGCAUUUUACCAAAUUGCUACCAAUAUUGAUAAAGCAAUCAAUAUAUCACUUGGCCAGGGGAGCUCAGAAGCUCAGCAUGUUUUUAAAGUGCAAUUGGUGAAGGGAAUACCUUUUUAUGGGUAUCACCGAACAGAGCAUCAGUAUUUUAAAGUUUAUAUGUUUAAUCCACGUUUUGUACGUCGUGCUGCAAAUCUUUUACAAAACGGUGGCAUUAUGGGCAAAAUUUUUCAUCCACAUGAAUCACAUGUACCCUAUAUACUACAAUUUAUGAUUGAUUAUAAUUUAUAUGGUAUGAGCUUCUUACAUGUGCCCUUGGAUAUUGUUAAAUUUCGGAAAUCCUGUGAUACAGAUGAAAUACCGAUUUCUGGCAUUGUAGAUGCACAAGUACUUGAUUGUUCGACUAUAAAAAAACAGACUGUGAGCCUUAUAGAGGUAGAUAUUGGAUCAAAUUUCAUUUUGAAUCGUUUUCAAUUACUAGCAAAAAAUAAUUCGAUACAUACAAACCCUGGCAUAGAAGCUAUUUGGCAAGAUGAAAGUUUGAGACGUCAAAAAUUAAAACAAAAUUUAGCCAAUGAUGAAGAACAAACUAAAGAAAUUCCGCCUUUAAAAGUACCUGAUACACAAGAGAGACCUUUUGUUCAAAUAGCAGAAAGCGAUGCAUUCUAUCGGGCUGGAUUAUUCAGUAAACUUAUUCCACUUGAAAUGUCUACCUCAGAUCAAACCAUAAACUCUACCAUAGCUUCAAGCUUAUCGACUACAAUUUUAAAUAAACCGGAAAUAAGUCAAAAGGAACAGAAGCGAACCUUUAAUUUGAAAAAGUUGAUUGCAAAUGCAGUCUAUCCAGAAGAAUGUUCACAGAACGAUAACUUAAUAAAUGCUUCAUAUAUUGAAAAUCAUUUACCUAAUAACAGUAUUUUUAAAGCAAACUCGGACGAUUUCAAUCAGGAACUCUUGCCCGAUGCAAAUAAUAGUGAGAAUGUCUUCUUAGAGGAAACACUGGUGGAUGAAGAAUUAAUAUUAAAUCUAACACAAACGCAAGUUCCAUUGAAUGCUUCCUUGCGGGAUUUGGAUAUAGCAUUACUUGAUGUUAUGAAGUCACUUGAGGAAGAAAAUGAAGAUGAAACCGAAAAGGAUUUGCCUAAUUCUCUGAAGCGCUUAUCACACCAAGACAAUUGUCGAGAACAAGAUACAACUAUACUUAAUAUUUUGCAACAGCUGGAAGAAGAGAAUGAAAAUGAAAACCAAAUAGACUUAGACAGUACCUUAGCGCCUUUGUCACAACAAAACAAAAAUUUCGAUCAGAGUCCUGAAUAUUUGAAUAAAGAAACGACCGCUGGAACUAUAAGUAAAUCCACUCUUCUAAAUGAAUCAGAUUUAGAUGAUGAUGAAGAAGCAAAACUUCAUGAUUUUUCUAUCGCUAUGGAGGAUAUUAAUGAAUUUAUACUUAAAUUUACACCAAGUCAGGACAUUCCUUUAAAACCAGCAAGAGAAGAAAAGCUAGAACAAAUCGAUGGUAGUGAUGACAUUCUAAAAACUCCGCCAAAAAGAAAUGGAAAUCAAAAGUUAGCCACUAACUCUACAAAAAAAACAACACCACCAACUACACCGAAAAAAUUGUAUGGAUCAUCCAAUAAGUCACCGGUACGUUCACCACGCACACCAAGAAGAAAUGUUGCUUCAAGAUAUGCGCCGCUACCAAUAACCAUAACAAAUCACUCGGAAAAAAAGAAAUCGGCUCAUAAGAGUGAAACCACACCAACAAAAUUUUAUAAUUCAAAAUCAAUUGAUGAUGUCAAAAGUUCAGUGGAAUCCUUACGAAAAAGACUGGCUAUUACUGAGUUGAGGCGUAAAAGCAUUAACGAAAAAUUACCGAUAAAUAUGGAUGAAGAACCAACAACUUCUAAAAUGCAAAGUAAGCAAGUCACUCCGAAGCGUAUGGCAAACCCACCUGUUGACUUUGAUAAGACUCAUAUAACUUGUGUUUUGACACCACGUAGAAAACGCGAGAAAAGACUUAAAGUCUAUAAACUAGAUCAAGAUUUAAUACCUGUAGAUAGAACUAAAUUGGUGGAAGUUAAUGAUAAUAGUAAAAAAACCAAGAAAGAAACCGAUAAAAAACCUACUCGUAAGAGUACUCGUAUUAGUGAAAAAAAUAAAAAUCUCGUUGAAACAGAUAAUACCACUAAUAAAAAAACUGAAAGUGCUGAUACUAAAUGUACUGAAAAAGAAUCUACUUUAAAAUCAACAACUGUAUUAGAAUAUCAAAAUAAUGAUAUAAAAAUAGGAUGCCAAGCGGAGACAAUGGCAAUUAAAUCGUUAUCAAAUAAUUGCAAAGACGACAUCGAAGAUAUCAGCAGUACGUCUAACACUCAAGAUGCGGAUACUGGUAAACUAUCUGAAGUUGAAAUUCAGUUAAAUAUCAAAGAAGAAAUAAUUAAUAUAGAGAUUGAAAGUUCAGAAGAUAUGGAUGUUUUAAAUACUUCAGAUCAAGUUAAAGAAAAAAUAACAGAACAAUUAGAACAUAAAGAAAUUACGAACAAUGUUCGUUUCUCAGGCUCUUCUCUAACUGAUUCAGAGGAAGAGAUUUUAGCUUCAGAUAAUGAAAUAGAAACAUCGUUCACAAAACUACGUAAUACGCCUAACGUAAAAGAUCUGCAACCAUGUUUAAAUACACUAAAUUCCAUAUUGAGAAAACGUAGGUCUUUAACAUCGAGUUUGAAUGUAGUUAAUACCACAAAAAGCAAAAAUAAUGAUUUUGUGGACGAACAGAGUUCUAUGCCAGAUCCAAUUACUCCUGUUAGCAAAGUUAAGAUAACUGCGCCUUGUUCAAAUAUCAGAAAAAGUAGUAAGCGAAAUUCACUACAUAUGCGUUUAUCUGCAAACAGUCCUUCAGUAUUUAGCAAUCUCUCCAGCCCAGUCAGUUCUAUUAGUUCUCCAAGCAUGGCACAAAUAUGUUCACCCUUAACAACAAAAUUCAAUUUAUCGCCUGGAAAUACUGUUAUUAUCACUCCCUUAGAACUUCCACCCACUUACGCUGAAACUCUCGAAGGCUGUGAAAAAUAUGACAUAAAAGAAUAUGAUUAUCAAAAUCCUUAUUAUAGUAAUCCUGAUGAUAUAACUAAACAAAAGGAACUAGGUUUUCUCGUGUUGCAGAUUCCCGGAAAUAAAUUAAAUGACUUAGAAGAAUUUCAAAGUAUUAUGGGUGAAAAUUUAAUGGGUAUUGCCGAAUGGCGACGUCAAAAAUUAGUGUCUAUUGGAGGACUAAAUAUGUUAAAUAGUUUUCGUAACACGUUACGUGUACGAGAAUAUUUUGCAAAUAAUAAAUCUGUUAUUAUAACGCCACUGUUAAAUCCACCUUUACCCUAUGACGCUAAAAUAUGGCUUAAAGCUCGAGAACUAAUGCAAAAUAAGAAAGAAUCAGUAACAGAGAAAAUGAACUUCGAUGAAGAUAGUCCAAUAAAAAUACGUAGACAAAAAGUAACAAUGAUGUUAAACGAACAGACGGGUGGUGACGAUAGUGAUGCCGAUUUAGAUUGUUCGACUAGUCUAACUCUAACUCCUUUGACACCAGCUACUCCCGUCGAUCGGAAUAUAUCCAAGAAAAGUAUUAGAAAUGACGAAAGUACCACUCCGCUUACAACAAUACCAGAAAUAAUUGGAUCAGCUCCAAACAGCUUACGCAGUCUAAAGCGCCGUUUGCAUCGAGCACGAGUUUGUUUAAAUAAGAAACUGAAAAUAGCUUUUAAAGCUGAACAACACAAUAAGACUGGUUGCAGCUCAAACAGUCCCUCUGAGCAACUACAAAUUGAUUGUGAGAAUAUUAAACCUCUCAGUCAAGAAAGCGUCAAUUCAACUGACACAAGUUCAAGUAUAUCAAGUCAUCUUGCAUUGGCUGAACUGGAACGUUCUUCCUUCGUUAAAAAUUUAAAUUCAGACAUCUCUAAAAAUGUAAAUCACGAUAUUAGUUUUGGAUUAAGUAACGCUACGCUUAAUAAUACAUUUGGAUUCAAAGUGAAUUUAGAGAAUUUGCAACAAGCAAAAUCAGAUGUAGAGUAUAAUUAUCUUACCAUUCUAACAUUGGAAGUCUUUGUACCAACGCGUGAAAGUCUGCAUCCCAAUCCCGAAUUCGAUGAAAUUCGUUGUAUAUUUUAUGCUAUAGAAAAUAGUAUUCCCAUUGAUUGUACAAACCCAACAGGAUUACCAAUGAAAGCAUGUGGUUAUAUUAUUGUUAACAACGUCAAUGAUUUGAUAAAGGAAGGGAAAAUUCAUGGAAUUGAUGCCGAUAUAGCUGUAGAAGUGGUAAAUACAGAAAUUGAUGCAAUACAAUACUUAUUAGCACUUUGCGCAAAGUGGGAUCCAGAUAUAUAUGCUGGUUAUGAAAUUGAGAUGGCAUCUUGGGGCUACAUCAUUGAACGUGCUAAAUAUUUGUGUUUUAAUAUAAUUCCACUCUUGUCACGAGUUCCCACACAAAAAGUGCGAGAUUUUGUUGAUGAAGAUCGUGAUCAAUUCACGGAUUUAGAUGUAGAGAUGAAACUAAAUGGACGCAUUUUAUUAGAUGUUUGGCGUUUAAUGCGAUCUGAAAUCGCGCUUACCUCCUACAGUUUUGAAAAUGUUAUGUAUCACAUAUUACAUAAACGUUGUCCUUGGCACAAUUUCCAGGAUCUAACGACUUGGUUUGCGUCACCAUGUUCGCGUUGGAUUGUGAUUGAAUAUUACUUGGAGCGAGUCCGUGGUACUUUGUCAUUACUAGAUCAAUUAGAUUUAAUUGGUCGGACAAGCGAAAUGGCUAAAUUGAUUGGAAUACAAUUUUAUGAAGUACUGUCUAGGGGUUCACAAUUCCGUGUGGAAAGUAUGAUGUUAAGAAUAGGAAAACCGAAAAAUUUAGUACCGCUUUCACCCAGCGUACAACAACGCGCACAUAUGCGGGCACCGGAAUACUUAGCUCUUAUAAUGGAACCGCAAUCGCGCUUUUAUGUUGAUCCACUAAUUGUUUUGGACUUUCAAAGUUUAUAUCCAAGCAUGAUUAUUGCAUACAACUAUUGUUUCUCUACCUGUCUUGGUCGUGUUGAACAUUUGGGACAAUCUUCUCCAUUUGAAUUUGGCGCGUCACAAUUAAGAGUCUCUCCAAGCAUGUUACGUAAAUUACUUGAUCGAGAUUUAAUUACGAUUUCACCAUGUGGUGCUGUUUUUGUUAAGUCAACUGUACGUGAAGGAAUUCUACCCCGCAUGCUAACCGAAAUUCUAGAUACACGACAAAUGGUUAAACAGUCGAUGAAGUUGCACAAAUCGAAUACCGCUUUACAGAGAAUUUUACAUUCUAGACAACUCGGAUUAAAACUAAUGGCUAAUGUCACUUAUGGUUAUACAGCAGCAAAUUUUAGUGGUCGUAUGCCUUGUGUUGAAGUCGGAGACAGUGUUGUGUCUAAAGGACGUGAGACGCUGGAGAAUGCUAUAAAAAUUGUGGAGCAGAAUGAAAAAUGGAAUGUUAAGGUGGUAUAUGGUGAUACCGAUUCAUUGUUUGUGUUAGUACCUGGACGAAGUCGAGAAAAAGCAUUUCAAAUAGGAGAAGAAAUCGUAGAGACUAUAACAAAUAUUAAUCCGCAUCCUGUUAAAUUGAAACUCGAAAAAAUAUAUCAACCAUGUAUAUUACAGACAAAAAAGCGUUAUGUAGGCUAUAUGUAUGAAACUCCAGAUCAAACGGAACCAGUAUAUGAAGCAAAAGGCAUUGAAACUGUGCGAAGAGACGGCUGUCCUGCAGUUGCUAAAAUGCUGGAGAAAGUUUUACGUAUAUUAUUUGAAACAAAAGACGUCAGUAAGGUUAAACAGUAUGUAUGUAGACAAUUUACAAAAUUAUUAUCUGGAAAGGCAAACCUACAAGAUCUUAUUUUUGCAAAAGAAUUUCGUGGUCUAAACGGUUAUAAACCAACAGCAUGUGUGCCUGCUUUAGAAUUAACAAGGAAAUGGAUGCAAACUGAUCCACGUCAUAUACCUAGACGCGGAGAGCGCGUACCGUUUAUUAUAACUAACGGCCCUCCUGGUGUGCCUCUAAUACGCUUAGUCCGCAGUCCACACGAUGUUUUGCAGAACGACGGCCUUAAAAUAAAUGCUAUUUAUUAUAUAACAAAAGCUAUUAUUCCACCUUUAAAUCGUUGCUUACUGUUGAUAGGUGCUGAUGUAAAUGAGUGGUUUGCUAAUUUACCAAGAAAAUUGCUACUUACACCAGCAUUAUCCACUGCCAAUGAAAUCAUUCCUCAAGGAUGUAUACAACAUUUAAAAAAAAGCACCAUAUCGCAAUAUUUUUCAACAACAAAUUGUAUAGUUGACUGCGGUCGCCAAACCAAACAGGGUAUUUGUAGUACUUGUUCCAAAAACCCUACAAAAUCCUGGAUACAAAUACAGUGGAAAAUCGCUAAAAUUGAACGCGGUUUUCAUUUAACACAGCAAAUAUGUCAAGCAUGUUGUGGACGCAUUGGUGAUAUUGCGUGUGGCUCACUGGAUUGCCCAGUAUUGUAUGUUUUAGAAAUGAAACGUCGUGAUUUGCAACAAAUAGCUCAUUUCCAUAACAUUUUGAAAAACGUUUAGUAUAUGAUUUACUACAAUAUUUGUAUAUAUGCCAUGUAAAUAAAACAUUUUGAAAAGUAUACUUUUAGAUUAAAUUCAUAAAGCUGUUAAUAUUC